AUGCGCGUUUUCUUCGUUUGCGUCUUGUCACUCGCCCCGUCGUUCACUAUGGCCACGUUGGUUGAAUGCAUCCCCCUUAGACCCCCGGACGAGGGUUGGAAGGCAAAUUACGCGUUCUGGAUCAGACUGUACGUGUCAUCUUUACCGAUAGCCUUUGGAGCCGUAACGGGCGUCGUAGUCACUGGCAUCGGCUCGUGCACAUGCUACGUGGUGCUCACAAUUUUAAUUGCCGUUUUGUGGAAGUUUCCGACUCCAUUCGGCUAUGUGCUGACGAUAGCUCCGUUUGUCUUGUUUUAUAUGAUUUUCUUCAUACUCAGUAUCGGACCUAGCGUCCUCCGUAACUCGCCAGUGCUACGCCAUCAGCUUUCCUCCCAGAUGACGGUAAUUGCUGCUCAAGGGGCUCUCGCCAUAGCUCGAUUUUCAUUUUUGUGUUACCACUCGUCAAAUUCUCGGUGA